CUGGUGUGCCUUGAUGCGCAGGGUAUGGCAGUUUUGCGUGGUGCUGUGUGUCAGUACGUGUGAGCUGUGUAGCAGAGGGAAUGUUGUCAUGUGUGAAGGCAUGGUGACCCAUGGUGGGUGCAGGCUGGUAUGUGAGUGGCAUGGACCCAGUGUGUGGGUUCGGUGAGCUGUGGAGUAUAGUACGUGUCAGUAUGCAUUAUUCUGUGUGUUGUUAUGCCUGAGUUUUGUGGCAUCUUGUUAGUUGCCGUCAAGUCAUUUUUGACUCAUGGUGACCCCAUGUGUGCAGAUUAGAACUGCUCCAUAGGGUUGUCAAGGCUGUGACCUUUUGGAAGCAAAUCGCCAGGCCUGUCUUCUGAGGUGCCUCUUGGUGAGUUCAAACUGCCAGCCUUUUGGUUAGUAGUCAGGCACUUAACUGUUUGAGCCACCCAGGGACUCCUUGUGGCAUUUAGGUACAUGUAAAUCAUUUUUAUUUAACACUUACAUAGCAUUUAUAUAUCCACGCACUGUUCUAAGUGCUUCACAUGUAUUAACUAAUUUAAUCCUCACAAAAACCCUGUGAGGUAGGUAUCAUUAUUAGCCCCAUUUUACAGAUGAGACACAGAGUUCAAGGAAGUUGCCCAAGGUCACAUAGCUGGUAAGAAGCAGAGCUGGGAUUCAAACCAGGUGGUUCAGCUCCAGAGCUCAGGCUAACGCCUACCCUAUGCCGCUUCUUGUCAAGCCCGUGUGGGAGAUCACAAGGCAGUGCCAUGAGCAACAGGUGUCUUUUGUGGCGAGCAGAUAUACAUGAGGAAAUGAGGGGUCAGUGGAUAGGAGGGAGGAGGACCAGAAAGUCCUUCUGCACUUCCCUGGAAAACUCUAGGAGGCGGUGCUGUCAUUCCAUGACUGUGUGACCUGAGGCAGGUCAACUCACCUCCCUGAGCUGCCCUCUCAUCUGUAAAAUGCUUCACCCUGUGAAGGUUAAAUGAUGUGACUUGUAAAGGAUCAGUUGCUGGCAUUUAGUAGGGCCUCGGUAAACAGGAGCCUCCUUGCAUUCCUCCCCCUCCAGGUCUGGGAAUGGGUAGGGUCUGGGGAAAUGGUGGGGAACAUGUCACAGAGACAGGAUGCAGGGUGCAGCCUCUGUGAUCUUGGGUCAGGCCCUCUCCUUCACUGGGUCAAACAAGGGGCUAAGGUGACUGUUGUCUGGGGGCCCUUCAGAAGUGGUCUCAAGGGACAGGGGAGCCUGACCACUUCUUUCUGUCUCUUGACCCCCUUGGGGAUCCAGGUGGGACUUGGCUCAGUGGCCAUGGGCAAGCAGAACAGCAAGCUGCGGCCUGAGAUGCUGCAAGACCUGCGGGAGAACACAGAGUUCUCCGAGCUGGAGCUGCAGGAGUGGUACAAGGGCUUCCUCAAGGACUGCCCCACGGGCAUCCUCAACGUGGACGAGUUCAAGAAGAUCUACGCCAACUUCUUCCCCUACGGCGACGCCUCCAAGUUUGCCGAGCAUGUCUUCCGCACCUUCGACACCAACAGCGAUGGCACCAUCGACUUCCGGGAGUUCAUCAUUGCCCUGAGUGUGACCUCGCGUGGCCGCCUGGAGCAGAAGCUCAUGUGGGCCUUCAGCAUGUACGACCUGGAUGGCAAUGGCUACAUCAGCCGCGAGGAGAUGCUGGAGAUUGUGCAGGCCAUUUACAAGAUGGUUUCUUCCGUGAUGAAGAUGCCAGAAGACGAGUCGACUCCGGAGAAGAGGACCGAGAAAAUCUUCCGCCAAAUGGACACAAACAACGAUGGCAAGCUCUCCCUGGAGGAGUUCAUCCGCGGGGCCAAGAGCGACCCGUCCAUCGUGCGCCUGCUGCAGUGUGACCCCAGCAGCGCCUCCCAGUUCUGAGCCAGAGGAGCCUGCCCGCGCUCCUCGCUGC